AUGGCGCUUACCGUUUCGGCAGACGGAAGAAUUUUUCCGCCACACUUUGUUUACAAUGGUGCCCCCGGUGGAGACGUCGAGAAGGAGCUGAAUAAGUUUUGCUUAGAAGACGUGGCUGCAUUUUCGGUGCAAGAGAGCGCCUGGUUUGAUGAGAGAGUGAUGUUGGAGUGGAUUGAACAGUGCUGGAAGUAUAUCGUUGUAGAGCCAUCAGUCCUCAUACUCGAUAGCUUAUCGGUACACAAGAAAGCGGAAAUUGCCGACGCGUUGGCGUGUACGGGCACUUCGGUGCUAUACGUACCUGGCGGCUGCACCGGUGUUGCGCAGCCUUUCGACGUAGGCGUUAUGGGCCCUGUCAAGCAGCACAUUCGUCGACACAAUAGCUCGCGUUCCGUCGGACGACCGAAGACUGUAACGCCUGCGUUUCGUCGGCAUCAGAUAUUCGAGCGUGCAAUGGAGGGGUUUCGUUGUGUUUCCGCCACGACAGUUCAAAACUCUUUUCUAAAGGCAGGCCCUUUCCUGCCGUAUGGGCCUCCAAAUAAUGCUGGCUGCGUGUAG